AUGGAAGGAGCAGGUGGGGAACAGAAGCAGCCCAGUUACCCUGGGGUUGGGUCUGGCUGGUGGAAGAGGGGGGCUCCACACCGAUCCAGUGCUAUCCUGGUUCAGGGCUUAGAGGCAGGAAGAGGUGUGCAGGAAGGGGCUGAUGGUUCUGGCUACAAGCUGGUAUGCUACUUUACUAACUGGUCCCAGUAUCGGCCAGAACCAGCCAAGUAUUUCCCCAAGAAUGUGGACCCGUGCUUGUGCACUCACCUGGUGUACGCCUUCGCCACCAUGAAUGAAAACAAGAUUGCCCCCUAUGAGUGGAAUGACAUCGACGUCCUGUACCCACAGUUCCGAGCCCUGAAAGAACAGAAUAAAGAUCUUGUCAAUCUGCUUGCCAUUGGAGGCUGGAACUUUGGCACACAGAAAUUCACCACCAUGGUUUCCUCUGAAGCCAACCGCAAGACCUUCAUCUGUUCAGUCAUCGAUUUCCUCCGGCUCCAUGGAUUCGAUGGCAUUGACUUGGACUUUGAAUACCCGGGUUCUCGAGGCAGUCCCCCGGAAGACAAACAGCGUUUUACCAUUCUCAUUAAGGAAAUGUUAGAGCUUUUUGAACAAGAGGCCAAAGAAACAGGAUUCCCAAGGCUGCUCAUCACCGCAGCUGUGUCUGCUGGGAAAGGCACCAUCGAUGCAGGAUAUGAGAUUGCAGAGAUUGGAAAGCUCCUGGACUUCAUCAGUGUGAUGACUUAUGACUUCCAUGGUGGUUGGGACUCAUGUACAGGACAUAACAGCCCCCUUCAUGUGGGAUCCAAAGACCAAGGAGAUAACCGCUAUUUCAACUGUGAAUAUGCCAUGAAGUAUUGGGAAGACAAUGGGGUUCCAGCUGAGAAGCUUAUCAUGGGAUUCCCCACCUAUGGGCGAACUUUCCGGCUCACCACCUCUGACACUUCUGUCUGUGCCCCAGCCUCUGGGGCAGGCUCAUCUGGUCCUUACACGCGUGAGGCUGGCUUCUGGGCUUACUAUGAGAUCUGCACCUUUUUAAAAGAUGCAACAACUGUCUGGAUCGAGGACCAGAAAGUCCCCUAUGCCUACAAAGGCAAUGAAUGGAUUGGUUUUGACAACGUGGAAAGCUAUGAGCAUAAGGUGGAUUUUGUCAAGCAGAACAAGUUUGGGGGUGCUAUGGUUUGGGCCAUUGAUCUCGAUGAUUUCUCUGGGACUUUCUGCAACGAGGGCAAACAUCCACUCAUAAGUAAACUACGGUCUCUCUUGGGGCUGUCAGCAGCGUGUACACCAGCCAGUAAAUCCCUGCAAGACCUAUUUCCAGCACCUAGAGGUCCAAGCUUCUGCUCCAACACUGGAGGAGGGUCAGGGGGUGAUGGAGGCAGUGGUGGAGAAGGAGGUGGCAGUGGGGGCAGUGGUGGUGAUGGGGGCAGUGGUGGAGGAACUGGUGGGGAUAGUGGUUUUUGUGCUGGUAAAGCAGAUGGCAUGUAUAUUGAUCCUGAAAACAACACCAAGUUCUACCAGUGCGCUGGAGGCAAGACAUUUCAUUUCCAGUGUGCCAAUGGCCUGGUCUUUAAGGAGAAUUGCAUGUGUUGUGACUGGCCUUAA